AUGGACCCUGCGGCAGCCGAGGCUGCGGCGGCUGCUGCUGCGGCCGCCAUGCGGUCGUUCACGAUCGAGGCGUGGACGCUGUUGGCGGUUGGCAUCCUCAUCACCAUGCUGAGGACCUACUCGAGGAUUAGGUCCGUCGGCAUUAGAGGUUUACAAGCCGAUGACUAUUUGGUCUGGGUCGGAGCCAUAUUUUACGCUGUCGAGACUGCGCUCGCGCAUUCCGUCGGGGCGAUCGCGAAAGGCAUGGCCAACAAUGGCAUGACGGAUGAGCAACGAGCGGCGCUGUCACCGGAUAGUGAAGAAUAUCGAUUGAGGGUCGUUGGCUCCAUCAUCCAAAUCUGUGGAUGGUCCAGUUAUUCCGUCUUGUUAUGGGCGCUCAAAGCGUCGCUGUUGGUGUUUUACUUGCGGUUGACAGCAGGAUUGGGCAGAGGUUACCAGCUUCGCAUCUACUUCGGCUUCGGCUUCCUCGUCGUCAGCUGGAUUGCCGUCGUCAUGAACCUGUUCCUCGCCUGCCGCCCCUUUCACAAAAACUGGCAGAUCUACCCCAACCCUGGCAAUGUCUGCCAGCCAGCUAUUUCCAACCAAAUCGUCUGGGUGUACCUGUCCUUCAACGUUUCAACCGACCUCUAUCUGCUCUCUAUACCGCUGCCGAUGUUGUGGCAAGCCAAGCUCAGACCUGCCAAGAAAUACGGUUUGCUUCUUUUGUUUAGCGGCGGGAUCUUCGUCGUUGUCUGUGCCACUCUUCGAUGCAUACUCAUCGUCACUGAUCCUCAGAAUGGCGCACAACUUGCUGGAUCAUGGGCCGUUAGAGAAACAUUCGUCGCGGUCAUCACCGCAAACCUCCCGAUGGUUUUCUCCGUCGUCAAGAACUGGCUGGCGCCGGUGUUCGGCUCCAUCAUCACUUCACUGAGGUCGAGCCAGAAGCUCACCGAAGGGACGCCCAAAGAGAUACGGACGUUCGGUGCCGGCAGCAACCAAAGCUGGCGGGGCCGCGGGCCUCCUUCAGCUUACCCGAUCACCAACGUGACGUUCAGUGAGAGCGAAGAACGCAUGGUGAACGAGUACAAAAUGCAAGACCUGAAGCCUUGGGGUGACCCGCACGGGGAACCCGUCGAUGUCGGUAGGUCCGAUGGCGUGCAGAGAAGUCAAAGCAACCGGGGGAAAAACACGGAUAUCCGAAAAGACGUUGAAGUGGCCAUCACCACCGAGUAUGUACGCGAUUCGGGCGACGAGUUACCGCAAGACUAUGCCUACAUCAAAGGAACGAAAAGGGCUUCUAGCCAGAUCGUGAGUGAGAGUAAAUAG